UCUCUCUCUCACUCUCUCUCUCUCUGUGUAUCUUCCUCUCUGACAACAUGGUACAAUCAAAGAAGUUCAGAGGCGUCAGGCAACGCCACUGGGGUUCUUGGGUGUCUGAAAUUCGUCACCCUUUACUGAAGAGAAGGGUGUGGCUUGGAACAUUUGAAACGGCGGAGGAAGCAGCGAGAGCCUACGACGAGGCGGCGGUUUUAAUGAGUGGCCGGAAUGCAAAAACAAAUUUUCCAGUGGCCACAAACCAUACUGGCAAAAAUGACAAUUCUACUCCUUCAUCUUCGACUGCUCUUUCAACCAUCCUUAGUGCGAAACUUCGCAAGUGCUGUAAAUACCCAUCUCCUUCUCUCACUUGCCUUAGGCUUGACACAGAGAAUUCUCAUAUUGGGGUGUGGCAAAAGCGAGCUGGUUCGCGUUCUGAUUCGAAUUGGGUCAUGACAGUGGAGUUGGAGAAGAAAGAUGAGCAAAGUCCAAAGGAGAAGCCGGCGACUGAGACGCCGGAAAAGGCUAUCGAACUGGAAAUAGGAGAAGAGAUGAAAGAAGAGGAGAGGAUUGCACUGCAAAUGAUUGAGGAACUUCUAAACAGGAAUUGA